AUGCAGUUGAAAAUCCUAUGGCUCACCCUGCGCCAGUUUCACAGUCAAAUGGAAAUCGAGCUUUGUAUGGAUUUCCUCCCCAUGUACAGCCCUUCCAAGGAGGAGAAGAGAGACCCCACCCUGUUCUCCAGCAACGUGCGGCACGUCAUGGCCCAGACCCUGGGAGUCUCGGUGACCGACUACACGUUUGAGGAUUGUCAGCUGGCCCUGGUGGAGGGACAGCUCCGGCUGCCCGUGGACACCUGCCUCCUGGAGUUUGCCAGGCUCGUGCGGGGCCUGGGGCUGAAGCCAGAGAGGCUGGAGCAAGAUCGCAGGUACUGGGAGUGUGCCGAGACGCGGCUGCGUAGCAAGGUCAGCCUGGCGCAGUUCGCCGAGUGCCUGGAGGUGGCCAUGUCACUCACGCUGGAGGACCUGUUUGCACUGUUUGACGAGGUGGGGCGGGCCGGCGAGGUGGGCCUGCGCGAGUUCCUGGUCGCCCUGUCGGUGGUCUGCAGGCCGCCCCGGACCCUGGACACCAUCCAGCUGGCGUUCAAGGUGUUCGGCGCCCAGGAGGACGGCAGCAUCGAUGAGGACGCCCUGUCCCGCGUCCUCAAGACCGCGCUGGGCGUGGCGGAGCUCGGCGUGACCGAGCUGUUCCGAGCCAUCGACGCGGACGACAACGGGAGGAUCACGUUUGGUGAGUGGGGACCCCGCGCGGCCCUGCCGGAGCCCCGCCACUGCUGUGCGAGCAUGCGGGCCGCGUGCCCUCUGUUUUUAGGGUUCCCCAGAGCAGGACCAGCGGGGGGGCGCCCGAGGGUCCAGGCCCGGGCCCCACACCCACGCGGCCGCCUUGUGCGCAGACGGCUUCCGCAGGUUCGCUCAGGCGCGCCUGGCUUCGCGGAGGAGGUCCUGCGGCGCGAGCAGACGCCGGCCAGCGGCUUCUGCGCGGACUUCGGCGCGGACGGCGCGGGCCGCAGGCGGAGGCUGCUGCGCGGCAGCCGGACUAAUGCGGGGAGGCCCGCGGGGCCGCGGGGCGGGCUGCGGACAGCGGCAACCGCUUUGCUGCUUGGCCCGCCUCGGCCCGGGACGCGGAGUCGGGGUUCCCGUGGGGGGCCCGGGGCGGCCAGUGACGGAGGCCAGCGAGCCGAGAGGAUCCUCGCGCGUGGCCGAUGA